CUGCAGGCUGCCUUCAUCCUCAGCAUCAGGACCAGAAAGCUCCAUCCUUUAUCCUUCUCCAGCGUCGCCAGGCCAGGUGUCCGGCCGGUCAGUUGCAUGGAUGGCUGCGCGGUAUCUCCUGGGAGGAACCAUGAAGCAGAUUUGCUUCUGUGCCGCUUCCUCCUUUGCAAGUCAAGACUGGAGCAAGAACGACGAGAAACUCCUGCAGGCCGUGGAGUACAACGAUGCAGAGAGAGUCGCUUCUCUUCUUCUCCGGAAGGGCCUUGUGUCCACCAAACUGGACUCGGAAGGAAAAUCUGCGUUCCACCUGGCUUCCAUGAAAGGGAAUGUGGACUGCUUAGAAGUGAUGCUGGCUCAUGGAGCAGAUGCCAUGACGACCGACAGCUCAGGUUACACGGCUUUGCAUCUCUCGGCAAAACACGGUCACCCACAGUGCAUAAGCAAACUAUUGCAGGCAUCCUGCCCUGUUGACGUGGCAGACAGCAAUGGACGGACUGCUCUGCAUCAUGCAGCUCUCAGUGGAUGCAUCUCUUGCUUGGAGAUUCUCUGUGAUUUCAAGGCUUCUUUGAACACCAAGGACCAGGAUGGGGCAACCCCGCUGAUUCUAGCAGCCAAAAUGAGCCAUUCGGAGCUCUGCCGUUACUUGCUUCACCGGGGAGCAGCUGUGAAUGCAAGAGAUCAACGGGGCCGAACAGCUCUGAUGGUGGCUUGCGAGAACGGCAGCGUGGAGACAGUGGAGGUUCUCAUCCAUGGUGGGGCCCGGGUCGGUCUUGUCGACGCCACGGGGCAUGACGCAGUUCACUAUGGUGCAGCCAUGGGCAAUGCCCUCAUUCAGCACUACCUGCAGGAGGCGGCCCACCGCCACUCUUGGGCCAGUGAGGAAUCAGCUGAAUUAUCCUCGCAGGCUUCCUCCCCCCGGCAGUCUCUGUCAAAGGGGAAGAACAGCAGCCCGAGGAAGAGGAAAGCUCCCCCACCACCUCCAAGCGCCCCCAACCAGCAUGCCCCUCACCCGCCGGACCACGCUUCAUCUUCCGCUGAACGGAGCAACCGGGUAGUCACUGCCAAGCCCGCCAGGGGGCACUCCAUCCCAACAGACGCGGAGGACCGUGAGGCUUACGAAGAGAUUGUGCGACUGCGACAGGAGAGGGCCCAGUUUCUGCAGAGGAUCCGGAGCCUGGAGAUGCAGGAAGAGAAGCAGAAGCAAGAGAGACCGGGGCUGGAGGAUGACACCUUACAUACAAUGGAGAAACAGAUACAAGAUCUUCAGAAGCAACUGGCUGAGAAAACAGAUGAGAAGGAGAAUUUGGGGAAAGAACUGGAGUUCCUACGGAGCCGUCUCUCAUCCGUGGAGAAUGAGAAAGAGAACACCAGCUAUGACAUUGAGACCCUGCAGGAUGAAGAACUGCUGGAGUUCCCAGGGGCAGAGCUGCUGCUAUCCAAAAAGAGCCUGAGCAUCUCUACAGAGGAACUCUUGGCCACCCUACAGGGCCAGGUGCAGUCCCUGACUCAAAAGAACAAAGAGCUGAUGGAGAAAAUACAGAUCUUGGAGAACUACGAGAGGGAUGAGAGUGACGCGGAUGCCUCUGGGGACUUCAUUCCUGUCAUCUUGUAUGACUCACUGAAGUCGGAGUUCGACAAGCUGAAGGCACAGCAUGCCGAUGCCCAGGCAGCCUUGGAGGUUCUGGAAGGGGGCAGCACCACCAACGAGGCCUCCGGCAAGCUCAUCUCAGCAGAGGCUUACGAGAUCCUGAAGUCCGAUUACGAGCAGCAGAUCCGAGCCCUCAAGGGGGCUCUGGAGAAGAGCAGCUCACCAACCGAGGGGAAGAGCACAGACCGAGAGAACAGGAACUCCGGCUUGGGGAUGGAAGAGGAGAAGGAAGCAAUGAGAAUCAAGUUGGAAGAGAUGGCCAAAGAACUGAGCGAGACCCACGAGAAAUAUCAGGCUGCCCUCAAGGAGGCAACGCUCCUUCAGGAACAAAUUGAGUUGGGAAUCCUAUCAGUGGAGGAGAAGGAUGCUGUGGAGAGCUCCAGAGUGGAACUAGAGAUGGUGAAGGCCGCUCUGCACCAGGCUCAAGAGGACCUGAAAGAGCGAGAGUUGAAGGUGAAGGAACUGGAGGGAUGGCUGAAGGAAACAGCUGUGCAGGGUCCUCCCACAAAGGAGUUCGAGGAGAUGAAGGCCUCCCUUGUGGUCUCCCUGGAGGAGGCCUCCAGAGAGAAGGAGGCCCUGCUGAAGAGGUGCAGCUCCGCCGAGGCGGAGGCGAAAGAACUGAGAGAAACCUUGAAGGAGAAAAUCUGUGAGAUGGAAAAGGCCAAAGGAGGCCUCUCAGAGAGCCAGGGCCUGCGGGGGGAGGUCAGUGGAUUACAGAAGCAGCUAGAAGCCGCAACGAAGAGGAACGAGGAAGCGCAGGCUCAGAUGGAGAAGCUCAAAGAGGGGCACAAGAAACUGGAGAAGGAGAUUCAGGCCUCCAAGGACCGGGUAGCCUCCCAGUAUAUCCUCAGGCAGGAGCACGAGGCAAUGGUGGCGAAAGCGAUGUCAUCACUUUCAGAGGCUGAAGGGCAGCUGGCAGAGCUGAAGGAGAAGCACGGUGCCACCCAGAAGGAGCUGGCGGAACUGCAGAAGAAGUCGGAGAGCUACAGACGAGAGUCGGUGCCCCUGACAGAGCAUGCUCGUGCCAAGGAGGCCCUGGAGGGUACCUUGUGGGAGCUGAAGGCCAAGUCUAAACUUUUGGAGCAAGAGCUGAACGCCAAGAACAAGGAGUUCACCCGGCUGCAGGUGGAGUUGGACGCCGUCCGGCAGGAUGCAGUCUCCAAGGAAGUCCACGAGCAGCUCCGGGCCAGCCUGCAGGGUGAAGUGGAAGCGCUGAACGCCAAGCUGGCUGAUUUGGGGCGGAAGCAUGAACGCACCUGCACUGAGGUCUUCCAGGUGCAGCGGGAGGCGCUCUUCAUGAAGAGCGAGAAGCAUGCGGCCGAGGCCCAGCUGGCUGCAGCAGAGAAACAACUGAAGAGCUUGCGAGCCGAGUCGGACAGGAUCCAGGAGCUGCACAGCCACAUUGAGGACUCGGCAAAGUUGGUCAAGGAGAAGGACAAGAAGAUCACAGAACUUUCAAAGGAGGUCUUCAAGUUGAAAGAGGCUUUGAAUGAACUGUCGGAACUCUCCGGCCAGGCGGGGGCCUCGCCCAAAGCAGCCUCGCCCCAGAAGACAGAGAAUCGGCAGGAGGUGGCCACCCUCCAGGGCAAAAUCAAUGACCUGGAGCAGCAGUUGGUUGAGGCUGAGAAACGACACACCAAUGUAGUUUCUUUGUACAGGGGACAUCUUCUCUAUGCUAUACAGGGCCACAUGGACGAAGACAUCCAGAGGAUUCUCUUCCAAAUCUUGAAGAUGCAGAGGCUCCAAGAGCAGGGAAGAUGAAGCAAAAGGGUGGAAGGAGCCGAGCUCUGACUCUGGGGGGGCGGGAGGGGAGGAAGGCCGAGCUAUUCCUUACAGGGGGAUUCUAGAGAACUUGCACAAUC